AUGGCAGAUCAAGAGAUACCGGAAGGCUUCCUCCGGGCGCCAUCCACAAACGCAACCCUCCACAGACUCGAUUUCGAGCACACAUCCCCGCCGAUCCCUUCAUACAAAGGUCGCUUUGCCGCUGUAGUGGACAACUUCAUGACUGAGUCCGAAUGCAAAGAGCUUCUCCGCCUAGCAGAACAAUCAACAAGAACUCAAUUGCCAGAUUCCACCCUCUCGCCCCCCGUAUGGGAACAUGCGAUGAUCAACGCCGGCGGCGGCAGACAAGUAAUGUCCGUCGACUCGCGCAAGAGCGGGCGGGUCAUAUUAGACUCCCACGAUCUCGCAGGCAGAAUCCUGGAGAGACUCAUGCCUUUUAUACGUGAAUGCGAACUCGACCGCGUCCAGAGUAAACCACUGGUUACGGGUCUUGGGCCAGCGAAGCGGGGCGAAGUGCUCUGCCUCAGUCGGCUGAAUGAGCGUCUUCGGUUCUUACGUUAUGAGGGUGGUGAUUAUUUCCGGCCUCAUUGGGAUGGGUGCUUUAUUACACCCGAUGGGCUGGAGAAGUCACUGUAUACUAUUCAUUUGUAUUUGAAUGGAGAUGGGGAACAGGAUAUGGAAGAGUUGAAGCCUCAUAUUGAGCAGGCGGAGAAGACCAAUUGGUUGUUUGCAAGUGAUGGGGAGAUUGAUCUUGCUGAGAUUGGGUCAGAGGAGGUACAAGUUGAUCAGAGUUGCACUACAGCCGCGGAGUCAUUGGAGAACAGUGAGGCUCUUCUAGGUGGUGCCACCUCGUUUAUGGCUGGGAUAAGCUCGAAGGAAUUCGUUCGGAUCUUUCCAAAGACGGGGUCUGUUCUCAUAUUUCAGCAGAGGGAUUUGGUCCAUUGUGGAGAUGAUGUGUUUAGAGGUGUUAAGUAUACCCUACGAACGGAUGUCAUGUAUACUACUGAGUAG